AAAAUUACUUUGGCCAAACAAAAUUAUAACUACCAAACUUUUCUCUUUCACCCACUCACACACUAGAGCUCACAUAAUCUUGUAAAAAUGGCAACUUCAAUUUUCCUCUCACACCCUCUUCCUCUUUUCUCUCAUUUAUCACGAAAACACCAGAAAAUUCCAAUUCCCAAACAAACUUCACCCUUAGCACACAUACUACAACCCAACAACCCCAUCACCAAGAUUCCAUUUUUACCAUUUCCCACCUCUCUUUAUCCAUUUUCCUCAAACCCCCAAAAGGCAUUUUGGUCAAUUUCAGUGGGAAGAACAGAAUUUGAGGAAAAAGAUGAAAUCUUGGUGGGUGAAGAUUCUGCUGAAUUUGAGUUAUCUAAGCAAAAGAUUUCAUCUUGGGUUUAUUUUGGUGGGAUUCUUGGUGUUGUACUUUAUGUUCUUAAUGUUGUUUGGAUUGAUAAUUCAACUGGAUAUGGAAAGUUAUUUAUUGAUGCUGUUUCCAGUAUUUCAGAUAGCCAUGAGAUUGUAAUGCUUUCCCUUACCUUGAUUUUCGCAAUAGUCCACAGUGGUCUUGCUAGUCUUAGAGACAAAGGUGAGGAACUCAUUGGAGAGCGUGCUUUUCGUGUAUUGUUUGCUGGGAUAUCCCUGCCAUUGGCAGUCAGCACAAUUGUGUAUUUCAUUAACCACCGAUACGACGGAGUGCAGUUAUGGCAAGUAAAUGGCAUUGCCGGUGUUCAUGAACUGGUUUGGGUUUCUAAUUUUAUUUCCUUCUUCUUCCUGUACCCGUCGACAUUCAAUUUACUAGAGGUAGCGGCUGUUGACAAGCCCAAGAUGCAUCUUUGGGAAACUGGGAUUAUGAGGAUUACCAGGCAUCCACAGCUGGUUGGGCAGGUGAUAUGGUGCUUAGCUCACACGUUGUGGAUUGGAAAUUCAGUUGCAGUGGCAGCGUCAGUAGGUUUGAUAGGACAUCAUCUGUUUGGUGCCUGGAAUGGGGACCGGAGGUUAGCCAUACGAUAUGGUGAGGCUUUUGAAGUCGUAAAGGAGAGAACAAGUAUCAUUCCAUUCGCAGCUAUUCUUGAUGGUCGCCAAAAGUUGCCCGGAGAUUAUUACAAGGAAUUUAUCAGAUUGCCAUAUCUAUCGAUAACAGCAUUGACGUUAGGUGCCUACUUUCUCCACCCCGUUAUGCAAGCCACCAGUUAUCGACUACACUGGUAACCCUGAUGUGUUACAUAACUCUCUUUGAUACAAAAAAUUGUGGAGAUAUAUAGGUUCUGUUGUCUGUUUAACUGUUGUAGCAACUAUUAUACUCAAAAAGUUUUUGGUGUCAAAUUGAGAUAUGACAUGAUUAGUUCCACAAAAA